CAUGGCCCAUGGGUAUUUCUCAGUUCGUGGUAAUAACUAAUACGGAAUACCCAUGAGUAGUAAUUCUUAUGAUUGUUGUGAAUAAUAAUUAUUGUGAAUUUGAUAACAAUGGCUGACAAGUGACACUAUUUAGUGUUUACUCAUGCCUAAAUAAACAGGUAUGAUUUCUAGAAAAACCGCGCACUGCGCAGCCCGCAGGUAAAUUGUCCCAGACUUGGAAAAAGAAGUGUUUUACUGAUGUUAUAAUUUCUGGUACCAAGUUAUAAAAUCUUCCAUGACUUAGGCAAAUGCGCAAAGACAGGCAAAUUUCGUAAUCUAGCAAUCAUGCCUGUUUAUUUAUAAAAAAAAAAAGUCGUGUGAUUACUGAACAUUUGUAUGUUGCUCCUUAGAUAAGAUAAGAAUUUAGUGGUCAAAACAAUAAUUUGUCAUUUAAAUGUAAUUUCGAAAUGCAAGCACUGAGUCUUUUUUGUAUGCGAAAUUCAAUUCGUAGGUCUUAUACGACGGCGUAGUGAUUUAUUCCAUAGAAAAAAUGUAAACAUCAACCGCAAAGAUGAGGAAACUUGGAUGUCAACUGCAAUGAACUCAUAUUUCCAUCAUUUUGUUAAAAAUUGUAGAUAUUUAAUGUGGCAUGCAGUUUUUCCAUAUUUGUUGAACUAUUCUCUAUUGGAAAUUUAACUAUACUAAAAAAAUUUAUUCUUUGAGAUUUCAAGUGAAAGUUGCAUAUUUUUAAACUUGUCUAUGUAUUAAUAUUCUCAACCAUGUUUUCUUCUAUGUUUAAAUCGUUACACAAAAAUUCUCUCUACAAUAAUAAAAUAGAUAAUGUUUUACCAGAAACCAUUGAAAUUGCUAGAAAAAAUGUCCAAAGUCAAUUGGAAGAAUUUUUUUUGGAUGAGGACAGUGAUAAAAAUUUGCUAACGAUAACAAUUGAUGAGUCUUUCGAAAACAUGUCCAUUGCUGAGAAUGCCUCAGACGCACUCUCUAUGUGUGAUUCUGAAGACAUUUUAAUAAAUUCCAAAGAGAUUUUUAAUGAUACAUCAUUUAAUAAUGAGAAUGACAAAUAUUCAGCCGUUACAAAAAUUAACAAUAAAAUCAAAUCUUUACAGUGUUUGUUUACAUGGAAUUUAAAACACGAUAUUGACACUAAGGAUGUAAUAACAUGUAUUAUAAAUAAAUAUGGUGAUCAUAGUUUAGACAUGACAAUUCCCGAAUUUACACUUGAAAAGUACUUGGGUAAUAUCAUUAUGUGUUAUGAAUUAUUUCUAAAAAAUGAGUAUGAAAUGGCAAAUACGAAAGUAUUGGAAAUGAGCAAAUGGCUUGAAGAGUUAGAUAGCGGUACCAAUGAGUUUUAUCUAUCUAUUCGUUUUGGACUAAAACAUGUGAUGCUGUCUACAUAUGUGCAUAUAUUGUUCUCUAUUAAUUCUAUUGAUGAAAGUAAAUGGCUACUAAGUGAUAUUAUUCCAUUUGAAUGUAUGGAGUAUAAAUCAAAAGCAGCUAUUUAUGCCUUACGUGCUUUUGUAUUGAUUGAAUAUGGUUGUGAUUCAAAAGAUUUUAAGAUGGCUAAAAAAUAUGUCAAAAAGGCAUGUAGUUUAGACCCGACUACUUGGCAAUGGCAUUACAUCCAUUCUUUAGUACACACGGCUAGUAGACAUUUUUUGUUUGGAAAAGAUUUGUAUUCGAAUCCAACAAAGCAAGAAAAGGAUACAAUUCAACAUGCAAUUUCAUUGGCAAAUGAAAUAAAUUGGCAGUUGGAUUUUCAUAGCCUUAUUUUAGAGUGGGAUUCUUUAAUAAAUAAUUUUCAUUGCACUAAAACUAAAAUUUCAAUGGAGAAUGACUACACAGAGGUUAACAAAGUGGUUUUUGAAAUUUUCCAGAAAAUUAUAAAUAUGGAACCCAAUAAUCCGUAUUUGGUUGUUAUGUGUAAAAGGACAUUGAUGACUGUUCCGCUAAUGGUUCAUGACAAACAAUUAGGAGAACAGAUUAUAACGAAAGCAUUACAAAUGGCUCCAAAUGAUUUGACACUUCAAAAUGCAAUUGCGGUUGCUACAGAAGUAUUCAAUGAAAUAAAUUUGAUUAAUGGCUGUUCUAUUAAUACUACUCUUGAAGAUGACCAAUCUUUGUUAGAAAAAGAUUUAAAACUAAUAGUAGAACACCAUCAACAAGAUAAAAAUGCCAUUCCUUAUUUAACAGAUUUGUUAAAAAAAUAUGAUGGACUUAACAUGUGGAUCAUAUUGGCUCAAAUUUGUUCAUAUACGAUACUAUUCGAAAAAAAUCUAAAAGCUGGAUUAGAAUACUUCAUGAUGCUUAUUGAACAAAAAGAUAUUUCCACUAGUGAUGUUGUAACGCUUCAUUGUUCGGUAUUCACUGUGCCCAAGAAGUUUAAUUUAGCUGAGCUGAUUAGUAACGAAAUUAGAUUAGCGACAAAUUCAACUUCCAUAUCUCUGGAUGACAUGUUUUAUCAAAUGAAAGUUUUGUAUAAAAUAAUGGAAGUAUAUCAGUUAAAGUUAAAAUGUGUGGAUCCUUUGAUGUGUGCUAAUUUAGUUUGCGAUUCUUCGAGUAAAAGAAAUAGUACUCAAAAGGAAUACAACCAAACUAAUGGUGAUAGUAUUAUUAAUGAUGUCGACAAGCAACAAGAAACAUUAAAAAAACGUAAAACUAGAAGUCACAAACCAAAAUGUAUGCUGACUGUUAGUGCUAAAUUACACACAAAGAAAGUGGAAUCGAGUAAAAAACUUAAACAAGAACAUUACUCAAAGAUAAUAACACAAAACUGUGUAAACACAAUAAACCUUCAAGAAAAAAAACUGAAAAAAUCUCGUUUGUCAUUAAGAAGCAAGCGAGCUAAAAAUAUAACGAAAAAAAAUUUUAAAAUGUUGGUGAAAAAUAAUUUGGGUAGUUUGGCGAACAUAGUAAAAAGUCAUAAUGUAGAUAUCAGCAUUUCUACUUUUCCAAAGAACGAAACCUCUCCUCGUUUGUACAGGAAUUUAGCAACAGAAUUUAUCAGAAAAUUUCCUGUGAGUACACAAAUAAUGUACACUGAUGCUUCAAAAACUCUCAAUGGUGUCGGCAUUUCUAUAGUGCACAACCGAUUUAUGUACAAGUUAAAAAUCCCUGACAACUGUAGUUCGUUCACUGCGGAGGCUAUAGCUAUAAGAAUAGCAAUAGGUAUAGCAAAGCUAUCACAUGGCUCUAGCUUUAAAAUUUUAUCAGACGCACUGAGUGUACUCAACAGAAUUCGAGACACUCAAACUAGUGACCCGACAAUCAAAGCUAUUUUAGCAGAAUUAAAGACAUGUAAUAAAACAAUAUCAUUUAUUUGGGUUCCUGGACAUUGUGGUAUUUUAGGAAAUGAAAGAGCAAAUAAAGCAGCGAGCGAAGCUACAAAAUUGUCUGAAGUUACUAACAUAUCUACUGUUAUGGACUUUAAUAAAGCUAUUAUUCUUGCCAUUAAAAACAAAAUGGCAUUAUAAGUGAUUUAUAUCAAGUCUGUAUUGAUGGUGUUACUUAAAAAUAUACAUAUGGCCUGAAAUGGUUAAGCAUCUUACUAGAACUUUUUUUAAAUGGUUGAAUUAAUAUUUAAAUUACAGUUAAAAUGGGUAAAAAAUGUUUUUAAAUAUUAUUAAUUAUUAAGAUUAAACUCUUAAAUUAUAACUUUAAGUAAAAGUUAUUAUAUUAUUAAGUAUCUACCAAAAAAAUAAAUUGUUCAACACAUACUAAUCUUUUUUAUUACUAUUUUACAAACUUGCCUUGAAUUUUACAAAAUAUGUACAAUUUUAUUAUACAGAUAAUAAGUUAAUAUGGUAGACCAUAGAUUCAACAGUAACCACAUUCUUACAAGAAAUAUAUUAUGUACCCAAUGUUUCAUUUUUCAAAUUUUGUUUAUCCGAUAUAUAACUAUAUUUUUGUAAUAGUAAUUUUACUUUUUUUAAUAGUAUAUAUUAUCUAUUUUUUGACACUUAUGGAUUUUGUUUACCAAUAAAAUGUUUGUAAUUACUCUA